AUGGCCAACUCUGACAGAUACCCUAACUGUGACCACAUAAAUAUCGGUAGUCGACCCGAUUUGCGGCCUGUGUUCGGGAGUGCGUUGUCGUGUCCUAAUGAAGGGGAGAGUGUGACGGUUCCCCUGGUCUACGAUAACCCGUGCAUAUCAUGCAAAUGCAAUAACCGAGAGGUGGUCUGUCAGCGCGAAGUGUGCACUAAUUUCAACGGCUGUUAUCUCUUGUAUUACGAGAAGAACAAAACCUGUUGUGAUGUAUGCAAAGGAUGUCAAUAUAACGGACACUACUAUAAAAGUGGUGAAACAUUUGUUGACGACAAUAAUUUGUGCACAAGUUUUGUCUGCAAUUCGGGUGUAAUUACUGAAUACAACACCUAUUGUCACAUACCAUGUGAUAAUCCAAUCGAAAUCGCCGGCCAAUGCUGUCCGUCGUGUGAAAAGUGUGAUCCACUCAAAGAGGGACAGCCCGUCGCUAACCCAUACAACACGACCGAUACGUGCAUUGGUUGCGAGUGUCUUAGAGGACACACUGUUUGCAGCAAACAUGCCUGUCCGGUGUUGCCCUGUCCAGAAUCAAAGUGGUUUACGCCACCCAAUCAAUGCUGUCCUAUAUGUAAGAGUCAGCGAAAAGUUAUGGACUUUGAGGGCAAUUGUAUAAUGAAGUUAUCGACCCAUAGAGACGGCCAGACCUAUACAUACGAUCACUGCACUAAUUGUGUUUGUAAUGCCACAACAAAUAUUUGUCAGAGGAAAGUGUGUCCACCGCUCAGUUGUUCGCUGACCAAUCAAAUCACUGAACUCGGAGAGUGUUGUCCAAAAUGUGUGGAAACACAAGAAACAGUGACCACCUGUUCCUAUAAAGGCAAAGAAUAUAAGUCGGGUGACAACUGGAAACAUAACAACUGUCACAAGUGUUCGUGUCUUAACGGACAGAUCAGCGGGACAUCAGUUAUGAUCAAAAUAGAUGACAUCAAAGUCCGUUUGGGACAAGCAUUUAGAGUGACCGUCGGUCGCAAAAGAGUACGUUUGCCGCACAUUAGGUUAGGAGUGCUUUCAAUUGUGAGGGACUCUCAUAAAGUGACCAUAAGAGCAACCAUUGGAUUGAAAGUGAUUUGGGAGUCCGGAAAGUCGAUUGAGAUCAUAGUUCCGCCAGAAUUCAAGUCGAGAACAUGUGGUCUCUGCGGAAACUAUAAUAAUAAUCCAAACGACGAUUUCAUCACUAAAAGAGGCAAAAUAUAUACAGAAGUCGAGAAGUUUACCCAUUCUUGGAAAGUGGGAAAGAAUGUGAUUUGUGAGAGCGCUAUGAAGUCGACCAAAGCAUUGAAAGAACAAAUGAGAUGCUCUUUCACGGAUUGGGAACAGAGACACAAUGCCAUCAAUGUAUGCAAUAUUCUCAAGUCAGCCCUUUUCAGACAAUGCCAUAACUCCAUCAGUAUUACCACCUUUUUUGGGAAGUGUUUGUCAGACGUGUGUUCGUGCCAUAAGAACAAGAUCUGUCACUGCAAUGCCAUUCAGUCCUAUGCAACACAAUGUCAAAAGUUAGGCCAUAAGAGCCAACACUGGAAAAAGUCCACUCUAUGCGAAGCAAUGAACUGUCCGUCGGGAUCGACAUUCUCGACGUGUACGUCCGCCUGUAGGCGCACAUGCAAUCACAGCCAUCACAAUGAGACCAAUUGCCGCCAACGCAAGUGCCGUCCGGGCUGUAUGUGCCCAAUAGGUCAGGUUUGGCACAACGGUGUCUGCAUUUACAAGCAGUUGUGUCCCAAACAUCACAACACAACGCGUCAAUCAAUCGACACUUUUCAUGAAAAUACACUCAAAGAUGAAGCGAUUGGUGGAAAUUAAUUGCAAAACUCAUAUCAAAAUUAAUUUAUUUAUAUUAAAAGCCAAUAAUUUGUAUAUUUUUGUAAAAAAAAGAUAAAUUAUUAUAUUUGCGCUGCACUUCAAUUACACUAGUCUUUGAUUUUAUGUACAAAUGAUUUUAAUUCAUAUCACUUCUCAUGACAUAUGCACUCAUCCAUCCAUCAGACACACCGACCGGCUCUCUGGACAUCAC